CCCUCCUCCCUCCACUGUACCCCACUGUGCGGGAGACGCGCACCGCUCGCCCCCCGCUCCCGUCGGCACGCACAAAGAUGCGCCUCGGCUCUAUUAAUAGCCUCUCUUCUUUUUACCCCACCAACGCCUUAUUGCAUUAUGGAUGCCCCCGGAACGGUGUCCCUGCCAGAUAGCGUGGGAAUCUCUCAGUAGAGAGGCCGUGGCCCUUCAUCCUGCCGGGGGCCGCCCGCUCCAGCAUCCACAGAACGAGAAGCAGAUAGGUAGAAGCGGAGGGAGAGAGAGAAAAAAAGGGGGGGGGGGGAGGGUUAGCGCGUCGCGUUCGAGACAGGCCGGUCGCCGUGCCAUGGCCGCGUAGCGCGCGCGCGUCUAGACCCGCCCGUUGCACCGGGGGUUUGCGUUCGUUUCGCCCGCCGCUGAAGGACCUCGUUCUCUGCAUGCCGGAUUCAGGUCCGCCGGAGCGCGAUGCGGGAGUAUAAGGUGGUGGUGCUCGGCAGCGGCGGGGUGGGGAAGUCCGCCCUGACGGUCCAGUUCGUCACCGGGACGUUCAUCGAGAAGUACGACCCGACCAUCGAAGAUUUCUACCGGAAGGAGAUCGAGGUGGACUCCUCUCCGUCGGUGCUGGAGAUCCUCGAUACGGCCGGCACCGAGCAGUUCGCCUCGAUGAGGGACCUUUACAUCAGGAACGGCCAAGGCUUCAUCCUGGUCUACAGCCUGGUCAACCAGCAAAGUUUUCAGGACAUCAAGCCCAUGAGGGACCAGAUCAUCAGGGUGAAAAGGUAUCAGCAGGUGCCGGUGGUGCUGGUGGGCAACAAGGUGGACCUGGAGGAGGAGAGGGAGGUGUCCCCCGGCGAGGGCCAGGCGCUGGCCGAGGACUGGGGCUGCCCCUUCAUGGAGACCUCGGCCAAGAGCAAGACCAUGGUGGACGAGCUCUUCGCCGAGAUCGUGAGGCAGAUGGACUUCUGCCCUCUGCCGGACCGGAGGGAGGCCUGCUGCCCCGCCUGCAGCGUACAGUAGCAGCCUGC